GGGCGCUUGGCGCGCAACGACCCCAAGCCGCAGCUUUGAAGCCUGAGCGACCGAACUCGGCAGCCCCAGCCCAACUCGGCUUAACUCCGUCUCACCGGACCCAGUCCGAGAGUCUUUGCUCCCUAGAUUUGCAACAGCUAUCUGAUCCUAGCAUCCUCAUCAAUUCCUGCUAGAAUGCCGUGGCAAGCAUUUCGCAGAUUUGGUCAAAAGCUGUUACGCAGACGUACACUGGAGUCAGGCAUGGCUGAGACUCGCCUUGCCAGAUGCCUAACCACUCUGGAUUUAGUGGCCCUGGGUGUGGGCAGCACAUUGGGUGCAGGCGUGUAUGUCCUGGCUGGUGAGGUGGCCAAAGAUAAAGCAGGACCAUCCAUUGUGAUCUGCUUUUUGGUGGCUGCCGUGUCUUCUGUGUUGGCUGGGCUGUGCUAUGCGGAGUUUGGUGCCCGGGUUCCCCGUUCUGGUUCGGCAUAUCUCUACAGCUAUGUCACUGUGGGUGAACUCUGGGCCUUCACCACUGGCUGGAACCUCAUCCUCUCCUAUGUCAUUGGUACAGCCAGUGUGGCUCGGGCCUGGAGCUCUGCUUUUGACAACCUGAUUGGGAACCACAUCUCUACGGCUCUGCAGGGGUCCGUGGCACUGCAUGUGCCCCAAGUCCUUGCAGAAUAUCCAGAUUUCUUUGCUUUGGGCCUUGUGUUCCUGCUCACUGGAUUGUUGGCUCUUGGGGCUAGUGAGUCAGCCUUGGUUACCAAAGUGUUCACAGCUGUGAACCUUUUGGUUCUUGGGUUCGUCAUCAUCUCUGGCUUCAUUAAGGGGGACCUGAACAACUGGAAGCUCACAGAAGAGGACUACCAAUUGGCCAUGGCUGAAACCAAUGACACCUAUAGCUUGGGCCCUCUAGGCUCUGGAGGAUUUGUGCCUUUCGGCUUCGAGGGAAUUCUUCGAGGAGCAGCAACCUGUUUCUAUGCAUUUGUUGGUUUCGACUGUAUUGCUACCACUGGAGAAGAAGCCCAGAAUCCCCAGCGUUCCAUCCCGAUGGGCAUCGUGAUCUCACUAUCUGUCUGCUUUUUUGCGUAUUUUGGUGUCUCUUCUGCACUCACCCUCAUGAUGCCUUACUACCAGCUUCAGCCUGAGAGCCCUUUGCCUGAGGCAUUUCUCUACACUGGAUGGGCUUCUGCCCGCUAUGUUGUGGCUGUUGGCUCCCUCUGUGCUCUUUCUACAAGCCUCUUGGGCUCCAUGUUCCCCAUGCCUCGGGUGAUCUAUGCAAUGGCAGAGGAUGGCCUCCUGUUCCGUGUACUUGCUCGGAUCCAUACUGGCACACACACCCCAAUCGUAGCCACUGUGGUUUCUGGCAUUAUUGCAGCAUUCAUGGCAUUCCUCUUCAAACUCACUGAUCUUGUGGACCUCAUGUCAAUUGGGACCCUGCUUGCUUACUCCCUGGUGUCAAUUUGUGUUCUCAUCCUGAGGUAUCAGCCUGAACAGGAGAUAAAGACUGGGGAAGAAAUGGAGUUGCAGGAGGAGAUGAUAACUACUGAAUCAGAGAAGCUGACCCUACGGGGACUAUUUUUCCCACUCAACUCCAUCCCCACUGCAGUCUCUGGCCAAGUUGUCUAUGUUUGUUCCUCAUUGCUUGCUGUCCUGCUGACUGCUCUUUGCCUGGUGCUGGCCCAGUGGGGAGUUCCACUGCUUUCUGGAGACGUGGUGUGGAUUACAGUGGUUGUGUUGCUCCUGCUGCUCAUUAUUGGGAUCAUUGUGGUCAUCUGGAGACAGCCACAGAGCUCCAUUCCCCUUCACUUUAAGGUGCCGGCUUUGCCUUUCCUCCCACUAGUGAGCAUCUUUGUGAAUAUUUACCUUAUGAUGCAGAUGACGGCUGGUACCUGGGCCCGAUUUGGGGUCUGGAUGCUGAUUGGUUUUACUAUCUACUUUGGCUAUGGGAUCCGGCACAGCCUGGAAGAGGUUAAGAGUAAGCAACGCUCACGCAAGUCUAGGGCCAAAACUGGCAGUAUCUAUGUCCACAGAGUUUGAUAUCGUCACACCUAAAUGCUGCCUGGUCCCCUGCACAAUAAUGGAGAGUACUCCUGACCCCAGUGAGUGCUUGCCCUCCCCUGUGAUCGUGGUGGUGGAUACUAAUAGAGCUCUGUAUGAUGUGAAGGAUAUGUCUUUGCUAUUUCUUGCCUGUUUUAACCUGUCUGCUUCUAAAUGAUGUCUAGCUGCUUACUAACUUUAAAAAAUGAUAUUAAAAAAAGUAGAAAAA